UUCAACUUUGCCACUUAAACAGUAAACUCAACUUUUAGGUUUUUUAUUUCAUUUGUUUGAAAAAAAAGAGAAACUAAGAGAUUCUUUGAAAUGUUUCAUUUCUAAUAGUAAAAAUUAAUACAAACGUUUCCUUUUUUAACUAAAUUCAAUUUAUCUUAAUUUUUUUCUUCCAUCGACUGUUUUUUUCCUCUCUUGGAUACUAACUUCAUCAUCAUCAAUACCAUCAGCUUUACUUGUGAUUCUUGUGUCAUAUGUGUGAUCCUUGUGUGAUUAUAACAUAACAGUUUCAACGCAAAUGGAUAACCCACCGAUACCAAUUGUAACAGUGUAAAUUGAUUUACAUCUCAACAUUUCAUCAAAUCAAUAUUUUAUUGCAAGAUUAAAUUCUUGUCAAUCCAUUUUGUACGCCAUUUCGUUCACUAACCUUUACUCUUAAUGAACGAGCACAAAUGCUAUGCUCUACCGCCAAAUCACUUGGCCUUCUCACCAGGACGCCAAUGUUAUGCUUUACCACCAAACCAUUCAACUUUACUGACCAAUACUCUUGACCUUAGGUCACGAUCUGUCUCCAAUGGAAUCCGUGAACCUUUCCCAGGUCUCUAUGAGUCGGUUGGUCGACCCUCAUUAUAUUCAACUAUACGGAAAAAUGUAUCUCGUCAUUGUUCCUGGAAAUGUGCUUCAAUUACCUUUAUGCUCAUCUCACUUGCCUCAUUAGCAGCUUUAGCAUAUUUUAUCAAUGGAUAUUGGCGAUUUUUUCUCAUCAUCAAUUCAUCAUCAUCAGAGUCUCAAGUGUCUCGCUCUGAAACUUGUCCCAUACUUUGCUCUGGACACGGAGUUUAUUAUAAAGGUGUCUGUCAAUGUGAACCCGGUUGGAAGGGAAAAGAGUGCCAAAUUAGGAAAGACCAAUGUGAAAUAAGUGAUUGUAAUGAACAUGGUGAAUGUAUUCAAGGUUCAUGUCACUGUUAUCCAGGGUAUAAAGGUCAACACUGUGAAGAAGAAGUUGCAAGUCAAUCCGAAUUGAAGAUUUGUCCAAUACUUUGCUCCGGACGUGGAGUUUACAGUAAAGGAUCUUGCCAAUGUGAGGCCGGUUGGAAGGGAAAAGAGUGCCAAUUAAGGGAAGAAGAAUGUGAAUCCAGAGAUUGCAGUGGACACGGUGAUUGUACUGAUGGGCAGUGUCACUGUUUUCCCGGUUACAAAGGUCAACACUGUGAAGAAGUUGAUUGUCUGGAUCCUGAUUGUACUGGACAUGGUGUCUGUUUCAAUGGACUUUGUCUUUGUAGUAAAGGAUGGAAAGGAGCCGAUUGUUCAGAACUUGAUUCCGAAUCAUUACGCUGUUUACAGGAUUGUUCUCGUCAUGGGACAUUCGUCAUUGAAACAGGUCAAUGUAUUUGUGAACCACGAUGGAUGGGAAGUGAUUGCUCUCAAGAAAAAUGUGAUCUCGAUUGUGGUCCUAAUGGUCAGUGUCAAAGUGGAGGUUGUGUUUGCAAUAAAGGAUGGACUGGACCAAAUUGUGAACAACGUCUUUGUGAUCCAAGAUGCUUGGAGCAUGGACGAUGCAACAAUGGUACAUGUUUCUGUAAUCAAGGAUGGAAUGGAAAAUUAUGUACAUUAGAGGGUUGCCCUAAGAAUUGUAAUAAUCGUGGAGUUUGUGUUGAACGCGAUGGACGAUGGUUCUGUUCAUGCAACUCUGAUUGGCAUGGAAAUGAUUGUAGCAUUCCAUUGGAAAAGGAAUGUGGCGAUAAAAAAGACAAUGAUAACGAUGGUUUAAUCGACUGUGCCGAUAGUGAAUGUUGUUCAUCAAAAGAUUGCCAGAACAAUCCGUUGUGUCUUAAAUCAGCCGAUCCAGUGGACAUUUUACUUCGAAAGCAACCUUUAUCGCCAACAGCUUCCUUCUUCCAACGAAUGCAGUUUCUGAUUGAAGAUGAUUCAGUUCAGAGCUAUGCUCACAGGAAAGCCUUCAAUGACAGUCUCUUUUGGACCCGAUUUAAUGCAAGCCAAGCUUCAGUUAUUCGAGGUCAAGUUGUUUCACCUUCGGGCUAUGGUCUGAUGGGAGUUCGAGUUGGUGUUGUUAAUGAUCAUUAUCUUGGUAUUGUUGUUUCUCGAGAAGCUGGUUGGUUUGAUAUCAUGGUUAACGGUGGAUCAGCAGUUACCCUUGACUUUAGACGUGAACCUUUUAAACCAACUCAGAGAACAGUUUUUGUUCCUUGGAAUCAAAUUGUCGUCAUUGGUGAGGUUAAAAUGAACUCGGAUGAAGUUAAACUGGCUGACCAUCGAUCAUCCAUUUGUGUUGAACACGAUUACGAGUCAAUGAGACCAUCUAUCCGAGGAACAUGGAAAUCGGGUUUCAAUGGUGUCUCUUCAUUGUCCAGCAAGAGCAACAAGAUGAUUCUUGAAGAGGGUAAAAUUGUCCAAGAAAGCAUCGCAAUUCCAGGAACUGAGGUUAACCUAAUUUACCAUUCAAACCGAGGAUCUGGUUAUCUUUCAACAAUUGAUUUAACAUUGACCAAUGAUCGCAUUCCAUCGUCCCUUCGUCUAGUCCAUCUCAAGAUAUCAUUAGAAGGAAACCUUUUCGAGCAAAUCUUUGAAGCUGUUCCUCACAUUUCAUACACUUACUCAUGGAAUCGUCGAAACGUUUACCGACAAAAGGUUUACGGAGUUGCAACAGCUACCGUCUCGGUUGGAUACGAAUACCUCAAUUGUCCACAAAUCAUUUGGGAAGUUCAAACGGUGGAAGUUGCUGGUCAUGACAUGUCCAUUUCGGAGAUUGGAGGUUGGAAUCUGGAUGUUCACCAUCGAUACAAUUUCCAUGAAGGAAUCUUGCAAAAGGGCGACGGAUCAACACUUUACUUGAAAAAGUUGCCUUCCAUUAUGACCACCUUGAUGGGCGAUGGACAACAAAGGCCACUUCAUUGUGCCUAUUGUAAUGGACAGGCUGGUGAACAACGUCUAUUGGCUCCAGUAGCUCUAACUUCAGGUCCUGAUGGGUCCAUCUAUGUGGGUGACUUUAACCUUAUCCGUCGUAUAACCCCUGAUGGACAGGUUACCACCAUUGUUGAACUUUCAGCUUCUCAGGUUGCUUAUCGGUAUCAUUUAGUCAUGGGUCCAGUUGAUGGUAAACUUUACAUUUCCGAUCCUGAAAAGCAUCAAAUUUUACGAACAAUCAACAGCUCCAAUCCACCCGAUCCCAGAUCCAAUUUGGAGGUUGUUGUCGGCUCUGGAGUAAAGUGUUUACCCGGAGACAAGUUGCUUUGUGGUGAUGAUCGUCCAGCUCGAACUGCUCGUCUUGCUUAUCCUAAAGGAAUCGCCAUUUCAUUGACUGGUGAACUGUUUAUUGCUGAUGGAACCAACAUUAGAUAUGUUGAUGUAAACGGAAACAUUCACACUCUUAUUGGUGACCAUUAUCACAAGCUGCACUGGAAACCCUUUCCCUGUACUGGAACCAUUCCUGUUCAAAAGGUUAACCUUCGUUGGCCCACAGAACUGGCAAUCAAUCCUCUUGACAAUUCACUUCAUAUUCUUGAUGAUCACAUGGUUCUCAAGUUGACACCUGAUCGACGCAUCAGAGUGGUUGCUGGUCGACCAACUCACUGUUCAUCCGUAAUUACAGCCCAAGAAGAUCCAGAGUCCAAGAAGGAAGCUGAAAAUUUACUUGGAACUCAAGUUUUCCUGGAAACUCCUCAAUCAAUUGCUUUCUCGACAAAUGGUGAUCUCUUUAUAGCUGAAAGUGAUUCUCAAAUGAUUAACCGAGUUCGCCUUGUAACUGGCGAUGGAAGAAUCGUCAAGUAUGCAGGAAUGGAUUUAGAUUGUUCAUGCAUGGAAAAUAACUGUGAAUGUUUCAAUGUUGAUGUAAAUACUGCUUUAACCUCUAAAAUGUCUGCCAUUCCUUCAAUUACCGUAACACCCGAUGGAAGCCUUCAUAUCUGUGAUCAAGGAAACCUGCGAAUAAGAUCAGUUCACACUUCACUUCCCGCACUGGAUGAAAACCAUGAAUAUUCAAUAACUUCCUCUGAAUCUCUAGAGGUUUACAUAUUUAAUCGUUAUGGGCAACAUUUAACCACUCGAAGUUUAUCUUCAGGUUCAAAUAAAAAGACAAUUUAUACCUUUAGUUACAAUGUAAACACUUCAUUUGGUAAACUAUCUUCAAUCACUGAUUCCUCUGGCAACAAGAUUCACCUUUUCCGUGAUUAUGCCAAUCAAGUUAAAUCAAUUGAAAACUCGAAGGGAGGAAAAUGUUCACUGACAAUGUCUCGAAUGAAAAUGUUGUCCUCAAUUGAAUCAUCUGAUGGAUUUACAUACAGCUUUGAAUAUGUUGGCUCAUCAGGUUUACUCAAGUCUCGCCUUGAUCCGGUUGUCGGUGCAAACUCCAUUUUUUAUCAAUACGAUGCCUUUGGACGAUUAACCAUGGCUCUUAAUCCUUCAAGUGAACCUCUUAGUUUUGGCUAUAGUUUGGUUCUUGAAGGUGUCACAGUGCGUUUAGUUAAAAACUUAUCUGAUCUCAAAAAUAAUGUUAUUAAACGAGAUAAACGAUCAACAUCUUAUUUAGACAUUUUAAUGGAUGCUGCUUCACCCGAACCUUUGUAUAAUAAUUCAUCAUCAUUCUCAUCUUCACCGUCUCUAAAGUCAUUAACAUCAUCAUCAUCAUCUUUAUCUUCUUCCUUGUCACCUUCAUCUGUUACAUUAUCAUGAAAAAAGCCAUCAUCAUCGUCAUCAAAGUCUAUUGUAAAUAGAGAUAAAACCACGAACCAGAGCUUGUCAUUUUAGGUCAACUAUUGAAACAAAAAAGAUUUUAUUUUCUCCUAUGGAGAUUUCAUGGAAAAAAGGAAAAUUGAAAGACUUGUAAAUUAAUUGAGAAAAGCAUGUUAACUGGUCUUAUCUAUUUUUCAUCAUAAAUUAUUGUAAAUUAUUUGUAACCAAAACCUUAACUUCCCUAAUGAUCACAAUUUGCUUUACAUUUCUAUUUCCUUUUCCUAUUCCCUUCUUCUUAACCAUCUUUCUCAUGAACAAUUAUUUUUCUUGUUCUAUCUUCAAAUUUUUCCUUCUUUGCUCUCAUUUUGCUAAAUGUUGAUGUUUUUUCAAUCAAUCAAAUUACCAUGUAAAUUUGUUCGCUAAAGAUGAUCACAAUUGUAACAUAAUAUUGCUUUAUAAAAAUGAAAUUAAACAACUU